AUAAAAGUCUAGCUGGAGUCUCUGUUCAGUGACAUCCUUACCUUUCUAAUCAGAGACUCUCCUCUUCAGAAGUUUUGCAUUAGAUUUGCAAAAUGAUGACCAUAUCUUUGAUCUGGGGGAUUGUUGUAGCAGUGUGCUGUUGUUUAUGGCUUAUUCUUGGAAUGAGGAGAAGACAAAUGGGUGAACCACCUCUGGAGAAUGGGUUGAUUCCAUACCUGGGAUGUGCUCUGAAAUUUGGUGCCAAUCCUCUUGAGUUCCUGAGAGCAAAUCAAAGGAAACAUGGUCACGUUUUCACCUGCAGAUUGAUGGGAAACUAUGUCCACUUCAUCACAAAUCCCUUGUCAUACCAGAAGGUGUUGUGCCAUGGAAAAUACCUGGAUUGGAAAAAGUUUCACUUCACUACUUCUGCAAAGGCAUUUGGGCACAGAAGCAUUGACCCGAGUGAUGGAAAUACCACUGAUAAUAUAACUAAAACUUUCAUCAAAACCCUGCAGGGCGAUGCCUUGAAUUCCCUCACAGAAGCCAUGAUGGAGAACCUCCAAUUUGUCAUGAGACGUCCGCUGGUAUCUAAAUCAAAGACGCCUGUCUGGGUGACGGAAGGGAUGUAUUCCUUCUGCUACCGAGUGAUGUUUGAAGCUGGGUAUUUAACCCUCUUUGGCAAAGAUCUUACAGGGCAAGAUGCACAAAAAGGACUCAUUCUGAAUAACCUUGACCACUUCAAGGAAUUUGACAAAAUCUUUCCGGCUCUGGUAGCAGGCCUCCCCAUUCAUGUGUUCAAGACCGCACACCAUGCUAGGGAAAAACUGGCAGAGGGCUUGAGGCAUGAGAACCUUGGAAAGAGAGACCGCAUCUCGGAACUGGUCAGGUUUCUGAAUGACAUGCUUUCCACCUUAGAUGACAUGGAUAAGGCUAAGACACACCUUGCUAUCCUCUGGGCGUCACAAGCAAACACCAUCCCGGCGACUUUCUGGAGCUUAUUUCAAAUGAUUAGGAGCCCUGAAGCAAUGAAAGCAGCUGCUGAAGAAGUGAGUAAAACACUAGAGAAUGCUGGCCAAAAAAUCAGCUUUGACGGCAGUCCUAUUUGUUUGAAUCAAAUGCAACUGAAUGACAUGCCAGUGUUAGAUAGCAUCAUCAAGGAGUCUCUGAGGCUUUCCAGUGCCUCCCUGAACAUCCGGACUGCUAAAGAGGAUUUCACUUUGCACCUCCAGGACAGUUCCUAUAACAUCCGCAAAGAUGACAUCAUAGCUCUUUACCCGCAGUUAAUGCAUUUUGAUCCAGAAAUCUACCCAGACCCUUUGACCUUUAAAUACGAUCGAUAUCUUGAUGAAAAUGGGAAGACAAAGACCACCUUCUAUAGUAAUGGAAUCAAGUUAAAGUAUUACUACAUGCCUUUUGGGUCAGGAGCGACAAUAUGUCCGGGAAGAAUAUUUGCUGUCCAGGAAAUCAAGCAGUUUUUGAUUCUGAUGCUUUCCUAUUUUGAACUGGAGCUUGUGGAGAGCCAGGUUAAAUGUCCCCCUUUGGACCAGUCCCGUGCAGGCUUGGGCAUUUUACCACCAUUAAGUGAUAUUGAGUUUAAAUAUAAAUUCAAACAUUUGUGAACAUGUGGUUGGAAGCAGAGGACGCGAGAUGAUAUUACCAGCCUGCAGACUGCCAUCAUGUAUCUGUCCCUUUGGA